CAUCAAUGUUUAGGAAGUCAGUAUUCAAGGUGGUGCCUUCUAGGGCUUUGCUUCGUUCCCAGCGCGGGUUUUCCAUUUCACUCCCCGUCAAGAGAAUCGUUGCGACUAAUCCGAUCAAGGCAGAGGACGUCAAGUCCUGGUCUUCAGGCAAUUAUCCUCUUAUCGAACACGAGUACGAUGCUAUCGUCGUUGGUGCUGGUGGCGCGGGCCUUCGUGCUGCCUUCGGUCUUGCGGAAGCUGGCUUCAACACGGCUUGCAUCACCAAGCUAUUCCCAACACGGAGCCACACUGUCGCAGCACAGGGUGGUAUCAAUGCUGCUUUAGGUAAUAUAACAGAAGACGACUGGCGAUGGCACAUGUAUGACACGGUUAAAGGCUCGGACUGGCUUGGUGACCAGGAUGCUAUUCAUUAUAUGUGUCGCGAAGCUCCCGGGUCAGUUAUUGAGCUUGAACGUUAUGGCGUUCCAUUCUCUCGUACUAGGGAUGGGAAGAUAUACCAACGUGCCAUUGGCGGUCAUUCUUUGAAUUAUGGCAAAGACGGUCAAGCAUACCGCUGUGCUGCGGCUGCCGAUCGUACCGGUCAUGCCCUCCUCCACGCCCUUUACGGCCAGUCGCUUCGACACAAUACAAGGUUCUUCAUUGAAUACUUUGCCCUGGACUUGAUUAUGCAGGAUGGCGAAUGUGUUGGAGUCAUCGCGCUCAACAUGGAGGACGGUACGCUCCACCGAUUCAGAGCUCACAAAACAAUCCUCGCGACAGGGGGUUACGGUCGUGCGUAUUUCAGCUGCACGAGUGCACACACUUGUUCGGGCGAUGGUAAUGCAAUGGUCGCUCGUGCUGGGCUUCCUUUGCAGGAUCUGGAGUUUGUUCAGUUCCACCCGACUGGUAUCUAUGGCGCUGGCUGCCUUAUUUCUGAGGGUUGUCGCGGCGAGGGAGGCUACCUCUUGAACUCCGAGGGUGAACGUUUCAUGGAGCGUUAUGCACCCGUUGCCAAGGAUCUUGCUUCCCGUGAUGUCGUAUCUCGUUCGAUGACGAUUGAGAUUCGUGAAGGACGUGGUGUUGGACCUCAGAAGGACCACAUACACCUUCAGCUCAGCCAUUUACCCCCUGAAAUUCUCCACGAGAGGUUACCCGGUAUAUCCGAGACUGCUGCUAUUUUUUCCGGAGUCGAUGUCUCAAAGGAGCCUAUUCCAGUGUUACCUACUGUCCAUUACAACAUGGGUGGUAUCCCCACCCGAUAUACUGGCGAGGUGCUGACUGUUGAUGAGAAUGGCAAGGACAAGAUUGUCCCUGGUCUGUAUGCAGCCGGUGAGGCUGCGUGUGUGUCGGUUCACGGCGCGAACCGUCUUGGCGCAAACUCCCUCUUGGAUCUCGUCGUCUUCGGUCGCGCGUGUGCUCGUCAUAUCAUGGAGAACUUGACUCCCGGAAAGCCUCAUAAGGCUAUUCCUGAGGAAGCUGGCUUCGAGUCUGUUGAGUUCUUGGACCGAAUCAGAAAUGCAAAUGGCCCAAAGCCUACUGCCAAUAUAAGGCUGGAGAUGCAAAAAGCCAUGCAAUCUAAUGCCGCUCUUUUCCGCACACAGCAGAGUCUCGACGAAGGCGUUCAGAAGAUCCGUCAGAUAUACAAAUCGUUUGACAAUAUUGGUAUCAAGGAUAGAAGCAUGAUUUGGAACUCUGAUCUUGUCGAGACUCUUGAGCUGCGCAACCUUUUACAAUGUGCAGUCCAAACUAUGACGGCAGCUGCAGCUCGUAAGGAGUCCCGAGGUGCUCACGCUCGUGAGGACUACCCUGAGCGUGAUGAUGACAACUGGAUGAAGCAUACUCUUACGUGGCAGGAUGAUAUCAACUUGCCCGACGUCACUGUCAAGUACCGCGGUGUCAUUGACAAGACUCUGGAUGAAAAUGAAUGCAAGGCAAUCCCACCAUUUAAACGUACAUACUGA